AUGUCGACGGCACUUCCGGGUAUUUUGGGAGGCAACUGCGCGUGUGUUGCUUCUUGCAGACAGGCGUUCAUAAAUAAAAAAGGAAUAUUGGUAUAAGUGAUAUUUCCGUAAAAUUUAUUAAGGGGUUGUUCAUUUUUCAUUUAAGACAAAGUAACCUACUGCAGUGUCAAAUGGGUUUACUCACCAUUUUAAAGAAAAUGAAGCACAAAGAACGAGAGAUGCGACUUUUGAUGCUAGGUCUUGACAAUGCAGGAAAAACAACCAUAUUAAAGAAAUUCAACGGGGAAGAUGUUAGCACCAUUUCCCCCACCCUGGGAUUCAAUAUAAAAACUCUUGAACACAGAGGGUUUAAACUCAACAUAUGGGACGUUGGUGGUCAGAAAUCCCUGCGCUCCUAUUGGAGAAACUAUUUUGAGAGCACAGAUGGGUUGGUGUGGGUUGUCGACAGCGCAGACAAACUGCGACUUGCGGACUGCAGGCAGGAGCUCAGCUCCCUCCUCCUGGAAGAGCGUUUGGCUGGGGCAACUCUGCUGGUGUUUGCCAACAAACAGGAUCUGCCUGGGGCGCUGUCCAAGGAUGAAAUACGAGAGGCCCUGGCUUUGGAUAAUAUUAAGACACAUCACUGGUGCAUCAUUGGAUGCAGUGCUGUGACUGGUGAGAACCUACUGAAUGGUGUCGAUUGGCUACUCAAUGACAUCGCAGCAAGAAUAUUCACUGCGGACUAAUUCAGUUGUACAGUUGACACCGACGUGAACUGAAAUGGAUAAAUGCUUGCAGCGUCUGCUGUGAAAAUCCAUGGAGAUGAGUGGUCUACAUCUUCAGCAGAUGCCCAGUGAACUUUACUCAGUAGAACACACUGAGAUGAAAUUAGUGGGUUGACACUAAAGCAUGAUGUUCCUGAAAUGUACAAGUUUUGUAAUGACUGAUAUUGAAACUUGCAACUAGUACCAGAGAGAGGAGAAUAUUUUUGGAUAUUUUGCUUUACUGGUGAACGGUAAAAGAGUCAAUUAUUAUUUUAGAACUGUGAUGACUGGGAUGAAAUCAACUCCUUUUCAUGCCAAAUUACUUGGUCAAAGGUGUACAAAAGCUUUGUGUUACAUUUUUGUGUGGAUUUUGUGACACUUGUUGCAUGUAACAAGUCUUGAUUCCAACUGUAGGGACAUAAAUUUAUGUGAUGUAUUUAA